AUGACUACAAAACGGGACGGAGCACCGGGACUUGUGAGGAGACCGGAAUGCGCAUGCAGGAAAAGGGAAGGAAUACGGAUUUUUGCUCUAAUGAAGACGGGAGUGCAGGCGCACCAUUGGAGCCGGGUGCUGUUCUUAUAUAUGGGGCUACUGGCCGCCUCGGUAAAGGCUCAGAACUGCAGUUACACACUACACAGUCCCAAUGCGAUAGAGAGCCCCGGCUACCCGUACGGUUAUCCCAACUACGCCAACUGUACAUGGGUUAUCGUAGCGGCGGAGCACAACCGGAUACAGCUGGUGUUUCAAGGCUUCGCUCUGGAGGAGGACUUUGACAUCUUGUCUGUAUAUGACGGGCCGCCGAGCCCGGGGAACCUGCGAACACGGUUAACAGGGUUCCAGCUGCCUUCACCCAUUGUGAGUACAGGCUCCAGGCUCACUCUGUGGCUACUGUCUGACUACGCGGUGAGCGGGCAGGGAUUUAAAGCUGUCUAUGAAGCUCUACCCAGCUACACUUGUGGUAAUCCCGGACAGCUACUCAAUGGCCUCCAGCAGGGGUCCACGUUCAACAUUGGGGACAAAAUCCGCUACAGCUGCAGCCCAGGCUACGUGCUGGAGGGUCACACAACCCUGUCCUGCCUCGCCACUUCAGCGGGCACUGCUGCAUGGGAUUUUCCCCUUCCCUACUGCAGAGCAGAUGAUGGGUGUGGUGGGACACUGCGGGGCCAGAGCGGGGUGAUCACCACUCCCAAUUACCCAUCCGAGUACAACAACAACGCUGACUGCACCUGGACUGUGCUGGCCGAGCCAGGAGACACCAUCGCCCUGGUUUUCUCCGACUUCCAGCUGGAGGACGACUAUGACCUGCUGGAGGUCAGCGGCACUGACGGCUCUUCACAGUGGUUCACUGGCCCCAACCUUCCCUCGCCCAUCAUUAGCAGCAAGAACUGGCUCCGGCUGCACUUUACCUCUGAUGGCAACCACAAGUUGAGAGGUUUCAGUGCCCAGUACCAAGUUAAGAAGAUGACUGAACUUAAGUCUCGAGGUGUAAAGAUGUUGCCUAGCAAAGACAACCACCACAAGAUAUCAGUGUUGUCUCAGAUGGGUGUAGCGCAGGGUCACAACAUGUGUCCAGAUCCGGGAAUCCCAGAUCGAGGAAAAAGAAAAGGCACAGACUUCAGGCGAGGAUCCACGGUGCACUUUUCCUGCGACGAGGGUUAUGAACUGCAGGGCUCAAAGAGUAUCAGCUGUCUCCGAGUCACAGACAGCUACGUAGGGUGGAGUGACGACCGGCCUAUAUGCAGAGCACCGAUGUGUGGAGGUCAGUUGAAAGGACCCAGUGGUGUCAUCACAUCCCCAAACUACCCGGUCCAAUAUGACAACAAUGCUAACUGCACCUGGCUCAUCACAGCCACGGACACAUCCAAGGUGGUAAAGCUGACCUUUGAGGAUUUCGACCUGGAACGAGGCUACGACACCCUGACGGUGGGAGACGGCGAGGUGGUGGGAGACCAGAAGACCGUCUUCCACGUCCUGUCUGGAACCACCACUCCAGACCUUGUGGUUAGCACCAGUCACCAGAUGUGGCUCAACUUCAAAACAGACGACACCAGUGGCUCCCUGGGAUUCAAGGUGUCUUUUGAAGAAAUUGACCAGGGCAGUUGUGGCGAUCCUGGGAUCCCAGCGUACGGAAAGAGAGAAGGCGCAGGUUUCCGUCACGGGGACAGACUGUACUUUGAGUGUCUGCCUGCGUUUGAGCUGGUGGGGAAAAAGAACAUCACCUGUCAGAAGAACAACCAGUGGUCCGCAAAGAAACCCAGCUGCGUGUUUUCCUGUUUCUUCAACUUCACCACUCCAUCCGGGGUGCUCCUAUCUCCCAACUACCCUCAGGAGUACGGCAACAACAUGCACUGUGUGUGGCUCAUCAUCAGCAACCCUGAGAGCCGCAUCAAUCUGGCUUUCAACGACCUCAGCAUGGAGAAGCAGUUCGACUUCCUCUCCAUCAAGGAUGGGGGAAAGGCGGAGUCUCCAAUCCUGGGCACCUUCUCCGGUAAUGUCCUACCCCCUCCGCUAACAACCAGUGCCCAUGUGGCCCGGCUGGAGUUCCUGACAGACCACACAUACACAGACAGAGGCUUCAACAUCACCUUUACAACCUUUCGCCACAACGAGUGCCCGGACCCGGGUGUGCCGGUUAACGGGAAGCGCUUCGGUGAGAGCCUUCAGCUGGGCAGCUCCAUCUCGUUUCUGUGUGAGGAGGGCUUCGUCAAAACUCACGGCUCGCAGACCAUCUCCUGCAUUCUCAAGGACGGCAACGUGGUGUGGGACAAUGCUGUCCCGCGCUGUGAAGCCCCAUGUGGAGGGGAUCUGAAGGCUCCCAGUGGGAUCAUCCUCUCCCCCGGCUGGCCAGAACUAUAUAAGGAGGCCCUUAACUGUGAAUGGAUCAUUGAGGCUCCUCCAGGCUACCCCAUCAAGAUCAUCUUCGACAAGUUCCGCACUGAGGUCAACUAUGACGUCCUGGAGGUGCGCGAUGGACGUUUUCCCUCUUCACCUCUCAUUGGCAGUUAUCAGGGAACCCAGGUUCCCCAGUUCCUCAUCAGCACCUCCAAUUUCCUGUUCCUCCUCUUCUCCACUGACAAGAGCCACUCGGACAUCGGCUUCCGCAUACGUUACGAAACGCUGCAGCUCCAGUCGGAUCACUGCGUGGACCCAGGGAUUCCUGUCAACGGACAGCGGCACGGCAACGACUUCUACGUGGGAGCCUUGGUGACAUUUAGCUGUGAGGCAGGGUACACACUUAGCGACACUGAGCCUUUAGAAUGUGAACCCAAUUUCCAGUGGAGCCGCCCCCUGCCUAGCUGUGAUGCUUUGUGUGGAGGUUACAUCCAGGGCAACUUCGGUACCAUCCUGUCCCCUGGCUUCCCAGACUUUUACCCGCACAACCUGAAUUGCACGUGGAUAAUCGAGACCUCCCAUGGCAAAGGCGUCCAAUUCACCUUUCACACGUUCCACCUGGAGAGCCCUCACGACUACCUGUUGGUGACGGAGAACGGCAGCUUCUCUCAGCCCCUGUGGAGGCUGAUGGGCUCCACGCUGCCUCCGCCUCUCAGCGCGGGCCUGUUUGGAAACUACACGGCUCAGAUCCGCUUCCUCUCCGACUUCUCUGUUUCCUAUGAGGGAUUCAACAUCACUUUCUCUGAGUAUGAUUUGGAGCCAUGUGAGGAUCCAGGGAUCCCGCCCUACAGUACCAGGAAGGGCCUGCAGUACGGGGUGGGCGACGCCCUCAUCUUCUCAUGUUUCCCGGGUUACCGACUGGAGGGUCCGGCGAGGGUGAUCUGCUUAGGGGGCAGGAGGCGGGUGUGGAGCUCCCCUCUGCCAAGGUGUGUGGCUGAAUGCGGCUCAUCCGUGACUGGCAUGCAAGGGGUGCUGCUCUCGCCCAACUACCCCGGUUACUACGGCAACAACCACGAGUGCAUCUACUCCAUCCAGACGCAGCCUGGCAAAGGCAUCCAGCUACGAGCACGCGACUUCCGACUGGAGGAGGAUGACAUAGUGAAAGUCUUUGAUGGCAGCAGUAAUAAGGCUCGUCUGCUGGGGGUGUUUACAGGCAGCGAGAUGCUAGAGACCACUUUGAACUCCACCUCCAGCUCCAUGUGGCUGGAGUUUGUCAGCAAUGCGGAAAACACCAGCAAAGGCUUUGAACUGCACUUCAUUAGUUUCGAGCUGGUGAAAUGUGAGGAUCCAGGUGUUCCUCAAUUUGGCUACAAGCGGGAGGACAAGGGUCACUUUGCAGGGAGCACCGUGUCGUACAGCUGUGACCCAGGCUACACCCUGAAAGGACCCGAGGUGCUCACCUGCCUGAGGGGGGAGAGGAGGUCAUGGAACAGCCCCCUCCCAAUCUGUAUGGCGGAGUGUGGGGGCACCAUCAAGGACGAGCUUUCCGGGCGCAUCCUGUCACCAGGCUACCCAGCGCCCUAUGAGCACAACAUGCACUGCAUCUGGAGCAUCGAGGCCCCCUCUGGAAGCACUAUUAGUCUGCAUUUCCUUGUUUACCACACCGAGGAGGUCCACGACGUGCUUCGGAUCUGGGAUGGGCCUCGAGGAGGGGUCCUGCUGAGGGAGCUGAGUGGCUCAAUGCUCCCCCCAGACACCCACAGCACCUUCAACACCGUCAGCCUGCAGUUCACCACAGACUUCUUCACAAGCAAGCAGGGCUUUGCUAUGCAGUUUUCUGUCUCCACUGCAACCUCCUGCAAUGAUCCGGGCCUGCCCACCAAUGGGACCCGCGGCGGAGACAGCAGGGAGCCCGGGGACCACGUGGUGUUCCAGUGUGAUCCUGGCUACGUCCUGCAGGGGGCCAACAGGAUCACCUGCACAGAGAUCAAUGGACGCUUCUUCUGGCAGCCGGACCCUCCGACCUGCACAGCUCCGUGCGGUGGGAACCUGACCGGUCCUAGCGGUCUCAUUCUGUCUCCGGACUAUCCCGAACCUUACCCCCAUGGGAGGGAGUGUGACUGGAGAGUGAGCGUCACACAGGACUAUGUCAUCGCUCUGAGCUUCAACCAGUUCAGCUUGGAGCCCAGUUAUGACUUCCUUCAUAUAUACGACGGGCCGGACUCCCUCGGCCCCCUGCUGGGUAGUUUCUACGGCACGGACGUUCCCGAUCGCAUCGAGAGCAGCUCCAACACUCUCUUCCUGGCUUUCCGCAGCGAUGCUUCCCUCAGCAGCAAUGGAUUUGUGCUGCAGUACACAGAGAACCCCAGGGAGUCCUGCUUCGAGCCGGGCGUGGUGCGCAACGGGACUCGGGUGGGCGCCGACCUCAAGCUGGGCUCCGCUGUCACCUACCACUGCGACAGUGGCUACACACUAGAGGGAGACCAAACCCUCACUUGCAUCAUGGGGGGAGACGGCAAGCCCAGCUGGAACAAACCCAAACCCAUCUGCAUCGCUCCGUGUGGUGGACAGUACUCGGGUUUGGAGGGAGUUGUCUUGUCUCCUGGUUACCCUGGCAACUACAGCCGUGCGAGAACAUGUCUGUACACCGUGGUGGUGCCAAAGGAUUACGUGGUCUUCAGUCAAUUUGCCUACUUCCAGACAGCUCUGAAUGACAUUGUGGAGGUUUACGAUGGGGCGACACAGCUGUCCCGUGUUCUCAGCUCCCUCUCUGGAGCACACACAGGCGAGUCAUUGCCAUUAGCGACUUCCAACCAAAUCCUAAUCCGCUUCACCUCCAAAGGCCAAUCCACCUCCAGAGGAUUCCACUUGGUCUACCAGGCUGUGCCACAAACCAGCGCCACCCAGUGCAGCUCCGUCCCUGAGCCCAGGAAUGGCCGCCGCAUGGGAAACAACUUUGCCGUCGGUGCUGUGAUCCGCUUUGAAUGCACUCCAGGUUAUAUGCUGGAGGGGCCGAGCGCCAUCGAGUGUUUGACGGUUCCCAACGCCCUGGCGCAAUGGAACAGCUCCAUACCCAGCUGUAUAGUUCCAUGUGGAGGUAAUCUGACCCACAGAACCGGCACCAUCUUAUCUCCUGGCUUUCCUGAGCCUUACCUCAACAGCCUCAACUGUGUCUGGAAGAUCACGGUGCCCGAAGGAUCAGGAAUCCAGAUCCAGGUGAUCAGCUUUGUCACAGAGCAGAACUGGGACUCGCUGGAGGUGUUUGACGGAGGGGACAACACCGACACCAUGCUUGGCAGCUUCUCAGGCACUACGGUACCUGCGCUCCUCAACAGCACCUCCAACCAACUCUACCUCCACUUCUUCUCUGAUAUAAGUGUGUCUGCGGCUGGGUUCAGGCUGGAAUACAAAACGGUGUCUCUGACUAGCUGCGCAGAGCCUGUGGUUCCUAUGAAUGGCAUCAAGGUCGGGGAGCGUCUCCAGAUGAACAAUGUGGUCGCUUUCCAGUGUGAACCUGGGUAUACUCUACAGGGAAACUCGCAUAUCACCUGUAUGCCGGGGACUGUCAGACGAUGGAACUACCCACCUCCUCUCUGCAUAGCUCAAUGUGGAGGAAUCAGGGAGGGAAAGGAGGGUAUGAUUCUCAGCCCUGGUUUCCCUGGCAACUAUCCUAGCAACGCUGACUGUACCUGGAGAAUCUACCUGCCGGUUGGAAAUGGAGCCAACCUUCAGUUCCUGAACUUCUCCACCGAGGCCAACCACGAUUUCCUCGAGAUACGCAAUGGGCCCCUCGAUACCAGCGCAGUGAUCGGCCGAUUCAGCGGCCAGGAUAUUCCCUCCUCUCUACUCACCACCUCCCACGAGACCACAAUAUAUUUCCACAGUGACCAUUCACAGAACAAACCGGGGUUCAGAUUCGAGUACCAGUCUUAUGAGCUCCAGGAGUGCCUGGAUCCGGAGCCUUUCCGGUACGGAGUGGUGGUGGGUGCUGGCUUCAACGUGGGCCAAUCCAUUUCCUUCGAGUGUCUGCCCGGCUAUCAGCUAAUGGGACAUUCCAUCCUCACCUGUGAGCAUGGCACCACACGAAAUUGGGAUCACCCUUUCCCUCGAUGUGAAGUGCCUUGCGGUGGGAACAUCACGUCAGACAAUGGGACCAUCUUCUCCCCGGGUUACCCAGAGGAGUACCCCAACUCAGCAGACUGCUCCUGGCUGAUCACCGUGGCUCCUGGCUUCGGCAUCAAAGUAAACUUCACCCUGCUUCAGGUUCACGGGCCGCACGACUUCAUCACUGUCUGGGACGGCCCACAGGAGACAGCCAGGAAGCUGGGAGUGUUCACUGAUAGAGAGCCCAACGAGCCACCCAGCAGCACGUCCAAUCAGCUGCUCAUACGUUUCCGUAGUAACACAGAGAAGGGUGGGCUGUUCCAAAUCAGCUAUCAAGCGUACAGACUGCAGUUCUGCCUGCCUCCUCCCAUCAUCCCUAAUGCAGAGAUCCUGAUGGCAAGCAAAGAGUUUAAAAUAGGUGAUAUAGUGCGCUACAGAUGUCUUCCAGGCUACCACCUAAGUGGGAACAGCAUCCAGACCUGCCGGCUGGGGACGUACUUGGAAUUUGAGGGGCCUCCUCCCUCAUGUGAUGUGACAUGUCCCAUGAAUGAGAUCCUGACAGCUUCCACAGAUGUCAUCAUGAGCCAGUCACCAGGCAACGGUUUCCCACAUUUUGAGUCCUGCUCCUGGGUGGUCAAAGUGGAGCCCGGGUACAACAUCACCUUCACCAUCGAACACUUCCAGACCAGCCGUCAGUUUGACGAGCUCGAGAUCUUUGAUGGCCCAUCCAGGCAGAGCCCUCUCCUGAUUACCCUCAGCGGUAACUACUCCAACCCUCUGAGCAUCACCAGCUCCAGUAACAAGGUCUACCUGCACUGGUCCUUUGACCACACCACCAGCCACAAAGGCUUCCGCAUUCGCUACUCAGCCGCCUACUGCAGCCCUCCGAUAAACCCUGUGAACGGCACAGUGCACAGUCUGACGGGCACCAAGCUGGGCAGCACCCUGCGCUUCAGCUGUGAUCAAGGCUUCCGGCUUAUUGGACAGAGCAGUGCCACAUGCACCCGCUCUGCUCAGGGGAUCCACCAGUGGAACGCACCAGUGCCUCUUUGCCAAGUGAUGUCCUGUGGAAUGCCAGUCCCUCCGAUAAACGGCAGUAUCGUGGGCCAGGACUUCUCUCUAGGAGCCAGGGCCACGUACCAGUGUAAUCCCGGAUUCCGCCUGGCUGGGCCGGUCACCUCCUCAGUGUCAUGUCAGGAGUCUGGGAGGUGGAGCCCCAUCGAGGCUCCGCCCAGAUGUAUCCCGGUGACCUGCCCCGACAUCGGUCACUCUGCUGUGGAACAUGGGAGAUGGAGGCUGAUCUAUGGCACUCAAAACCAAUAUGACGCGAUCAUGAUGCUCAUAUGUGACCCUGGAUAUUACUACAGGGGUCAAAGGGUCAUCCGCUGCCAGGCCAACAGCACCUGGAACUACCCUGAUCCACGUCCAGUCUGCGAUAUCAUCUCCUGCGGGGACCUUGGGACUCCACCAAAUGGCAACAAGAUAGGAACCCUGACUGUGUAUGGAGCGACUGCCAUCUUCUCCUGCAACACAGCAUACACCUUGGUGGGCUCUCGGGUGCGAGAGUGUAUGUCCAACGGGCUUUGGAGUGGAUCACAGGUCCAGUGUCUAGCCGGUCAUUGUGGCACCCCGGAGCCCAUAGUGAACGGACAGAUCAUCGGGGAGAACUAUAACUUUCGAGGCAGCGUCGUGUACCACUGUAAUCCAGGAUUUCGUCUCAUCGGGGUGUCGGUGCGAAUCUGUGAAUCUCACAACUGGUCUGGACUCACUCCUGUCUGUGUCCCCAUCACAUGCGGUCAUCCUGGCAACCCUACUUUCGGAUUGACCCAAGGAGCCCAGUUCAACUUAAAUGACGCUGUGCGCUUUGUCUGCAACACCGGAUACGUUCUGCAAGGUGCUGUCAAAUCUAGCUGCCAGUCCAAUGGGCAGUGGAGCAACGCCCUCCCAAAGUGUAAAAUUGUGAACUGCACAGAGCCGGGUCACGUGGACAACAGCAUCAGGCAGAUACUGGCGAGCGGGCCGCACCGCUACAGCUUCCAGACCGCUGUGUCGUACCGAUGUAACCCCGGCUACUACCUGCUGGGCACCAGCUCCAUCUCCUGUCAGGGGGACGGCACUUGGGACCGCUCUCUGCCGAAGUGCCUGUUGGUGCUGUGUGACCGCCCCAGCAUGCCUCCCUACGCCCAGAUCUCAGGCGACCGCCGGACAGUGGGCUCAGUCAUCCGCUACACCUGCAUCGGCCAGCGAAGCGUCGUCGGCAACACAACGAUGUGCCAGCUGGACGGCCAAUGGAGCGGCUCCCCGCCACACUGCUCCGGCGAUUCGGCCGGGCUGUGCGGAGAUCCGGGCAUUCCCGUGCACGGGAUCCGUCUGGGAGAAGACUUCACGGUGGGCAGUGCUGUCCGCUUUAGCUGUGAGCCGGGCUAUCUGCUGAAAGGCUCGCCAGAGAGGACGUGCCUCAAAAAUGGGACCUGGCUCGGCACCCAACCUGAGUGUCAUGUGAUCUCCUGUGGAAACCCGGGAACUCCAAGGAACGCUCAGAUCCUGAUCCACGAUGGCCUAACCUUUUCCAAAUCCAUUGCCUACUCCUGCAGGGAAGGCUACUACUCCACCGGCCUGCUCACCCGACACUGCACUGUUAACGGGACCUGGACCGGCAACACGCCCGAGUGCUCCGUAAUACACUGUGGUGAUCCUGGGGUGCCAGCCAACGGGGUGAGGCUGGGUAAUGAUUUUAUCUACAACCACACAGUCAGCUACCAGUGUUCUCCUGGCUUCAACAUGGACGCUGACCGGGCCUCGACUCUUAAGUGCACCAAGGACCGCACCUGGAACGGCACCAAACCUCUCUGUAAAGCGAUCGUAUGUGGUCCAGCUCCGAUCAUCCCUAACGGGCAGGUUGUCGGAACCGACUUCGUCUGGGGCUCCAGCAUCAGCUACUCCUGCAACCAAGGUUACCAGCUGUCCCUGCCCACCGUGUUAACAUGCCAGGGCAACGGCAACUGGAGUGGAGAGAAACCCCAGUGCUUCCCUGUGUUCUGUGGCGACCCGGGGAUGCCAGCCCAGGGGAGGAGGGAGGACCGAGGAUUCACCUACCUCUCCUCCGUCUCCUUCUCCUGCUACCCUCCCCUCGUCCUUGUGGGCUCCACCAGGAGAUAUUGUCAGUAUGACGGCACCUGGAGUGGCACACAACCCUCUUGCAUAGAUCCCACUCACACUACCUGUGGAGACCCUGGCACUCCUCUCUUUGGAAAUCAGAACAACUCUCAAGGCUACCAGAUCGGCAGCACUGUAUUCUUCAACUGCAGAAAGGGCUACUUACUGCAGGGCUCCAUCUCUCGCACUUGUCUGCCCAUCCUCACUUGGAGUGGUUAUCAACCUGAGUGCAUUGCCCACCACUGCAGCCAGCCGGAGAUGACGGCCCAGUCUGAUGUGAAAGCCAUUGAGCUGCCGUCCCUUGGCUACACGCUGAUCUAUACAUGUCAGCCCGGCUUCUACUUGGCCGGAGGAUCAGAGCAUAGGACCUGCAGGUCCGAUGGGAGCUGGACAGGGAAACAGCCUCUCUGCACAGCUGAUGAUCGCCCAAGUGGUAGGAGCCCAGUGGGGACAGUGCAGGAGCCACCCUCAAAACUACCAGUCCCUGUUGGUGUCUUCGCUAAGAACUCUCUCUGGAGGGGCUCCUAUGAGUACCUGGGGAAGAAGCAGCCAGCUAUGCUCAGCAUCACUGCCUUCGAGCCCUUCAGCAACCGGGUUAACGGGACGCUCAUCGACCACAGCGGAGUGGAACUCAAACUGGCUGGAACGUAUAAGAAGGAGGAGGCUCAGCUGCUGCUGCAGGUCCACCAGAUCAGAGGCCCUGUGGAAAUCUUUGUCAACAAGUUUAAAAUCGACAACUGGGCCCUCGACGGACAUGUGUCCUACAUCUCUUCAUCCAACUCCUUUGUGUACCAGGGAUUUGUCAAAGGAAAAGGCUUUGGCCAAUUUGGUCUCCAGCGACUGGAGAGUUUAGAUCCCAGCGGAGACAACCCAGGAUACAACUUUGCGUCCAACAGCAGCUCAGUGGCGGCAGCCAUCCUAGUGCCUUUUAUAGCCAUGAUCAUUGCAGGCUUCGCUCUGUACCUCUACAAACACAGAAGAAGACCCAAAGUCCCCUUCAAUGGUUACGUGGGCCAUGAGAACACUAAUGGACGAGCUACGUUCGAGAACCCGAUGUACGACCGCAACAUCCAGCCCACUGACAUCCUGGCCAACGAGACAGAGUUCACCGUCAGCACAGUGUGCACAGCUGUAUAGCAACCGCUUCCUCCAGAGUUAGGGGAGGAUAAGUGCACCACAUCUUCGCCUGCCUGCCAGAGGAGGACAUCCAUAGUUCCUCGAGCAGAGGGAAAGACAAAGAAUAUUUGUAUCCGCUGAAAUACAUUCAAGAAACAUCUCCAGUGGCAAAGGCUCUUACCCACAGCAGACGAGAAAAAAAAGAAACCAUGUGAAGACAACAACUGUAACAAUUGCCAACGACAAAAUGCUUUUUGUAACUUUACAUGGUUUCUUGAUCAUUUUCCAUUUUUCGAGGAAGAAGCUUCCGCGUGAAGCUGCAGCCGGCAGGAGAAAUGCUGGAAGCAAAGCUGUGAUGACUUUUCUCACCGCCCUCCGCCUGAACCCAAAGGGAAUUUUAUGGUCAACUUGAAGUCUAGAAAAUUGACCUGUAGCUAACAGAGAUCUCUGUGCAAGUGAACUGUAAGGCGGGUCGCUCCAUGUCGGUCCGCGUGAGACAAAGAGAGACAGUCUGGACUGUUUCUGUUCUGUUUUCCAUUUGCUUUUCUUUCCUCUCUUUUUAUGCUGCUUGCUUACUGUGAUGAGUAAUUGGGAACCCUGAUUCACCCCAGUCUGAGGCUGGUGAAAGGUCUCGUCCUCAAGUCUAUUGCUGAGAUUGAAUUAAAAAUUCAGUACGUUUUGAAGGCCAAGUUGGACACACACAUGCUACUUUUUGAGCUAGACUCUGCUCUUUUUGUUUUGAAGCAGUGAUAAAGUUCUGCUUGCAGAGGCAGCUGUGUCCAGAGCAGGGGUUAAAAGGUAGCAAAGGCUGCUGAAAAAAGCACUUAGUGAGGUUGUAGAGAGUUGCUGUGUAUAUGUGAGUGAGCGAGAGUGUGUUCAUGUGUGUGUGUGUGUGUGUGUGUGUGUGUGCGCGCGCGUUUCUGCACACAUUCCUGGUGGCUGCAUCUGCAAUCUUCCCAAAAUAUAUGUCUGUUCUGGCCCCAAAGAUUCCUGUAAACACGACAGAUCAUUGUACUGAAAAGUUUUCGACAAAUAAAACAUAAGGAUAACGAGAGCAGAAGCUGACAAUGUAUAGAUCAACUAAGAAGCUGAAGGCAGUGUCAUCCUCCAAACUUCACCCACUUUCCCUUCAUUUGUAGUGAUUCCUCUGCAGUCCCUUUACAUGUAUGUGUCUGGAACGAAGACAUGGAUCAAGACAAAUCCUCCUCACUAAUGCACCUAAAUCAGAAGUGAGGCAGCACUCGCAAAUUUGCUUUACAUAAGCAUUGGAUAUUAAUUAAUUGGAUAUAUACACUUUUUGGGAUAACCGCAAUGAUCUGUAGCACCAAAGAAGUUACAGAGCAACACAUGGAGCUUUUAUUUCUGGAAAUCCUCAACGUCUGUUGUCAACUCCUCCUCUUUUGACUUCCUUUUUAAUCCCGGAUCACAUGUUCCCGCAGCUUGAAGGUGGUAUUUUCUAGAGAUCGGGUUGCAGCUCCCUAAAGUUGGCCUUAGGAAAACAAAGAUGAAAGUGCGGCCACGUUUGAACUCCCUCAAAAUGUACAAGUGAAGGCGCUUGAGUCUGAAGAAUGGAUGAGUCAGUGAUGUGUUCCCUCUGGAUAACAUUCAGGUCUUUUCCUCCAAGUUAACUUCUGACAGCUCCAUCUUUCUGAAAAACAGUGCAGUUCCCCUGUUCUGUCUCGGCUCAUCGUGGAAAUGUUGCAGAAGGCUUCCUCGGAGCUGUGAGAGCAGGGGAGUUGCUGGCAUACUGAUUACGCCCCAUGCAUUAAAUUGGUUGAUAUUAUGCCUCUUAUGCUAACACUCCCCAAAUCUGUGACAACUGGGGAGUGAUAUAUCCUACAUAUUGUUUUGAAAGUGCGAAACAGGAGGGAACUGACUUCUAAAGAACAUCUGAGAAACAUACAUGCUUUUGGGACCCCUUAUCAUGUGUUAAAAAUAUGUAUUGGAGUUGAAGGAAAGAAGACCUCUGGAUUUCAAACCCUCUGCUCCCAGGUGUUUGCCAUUUCCUAUCCCCAUUCCUGUGGAUACUGAGCAGGGGUGAAUGGUGCUCAAAUUUCCCCGUAGUAAAUUGACCCAUGACAUGCAAUUUGCUUUCAUUAGCCUCGCUUUGUUGUCAAACCCAUCUCAAAUCCUAAAUUUCACCUUACCAUUAGCGCUAACAGGACAGCCGAUUAUGUACUGUUUGAGAACAAUCUGUCAUAAACAUCAACAUUUCUUUGAUUUGCCUCUUUUUAAAGUUAGAAAUAAGGGGAAACAAAUAUUUGCAUGGAUUUGUUUGCCGUAUACAUUACAAUAUAUGUAAAUGCAAAGUGGCUUUCACAGUCAAAAUAAACCUCCGUGCCAAUAGAGUCUUUAAAGUCACCCACAGUACAUCAUUUCCCUCCGAAAUCCAGGCUUUUGAAACCAAUCACUGUAUUGUUCCUUCAAUUAGUUUCACCGUAGGUCGGUAAUUGCUUUUACAAUUGUAUUACUUUUAAAGCUCUCGCUUAUCGAGACAGUACAGAUAGAAUAUUGCCCCUUGCCUGCUCUGGUCGUGUAUUGACGGAAAAGGAAACGAUUGAAUUACCCUGGAGAUUUCAGGGGAAGAGGAGCAGUUGUGCUCACAUUAUGUUGAAGACACUGUAACUCAGUUCUCAUAGUUUAACGCGGCUGUUGCAUUGUGCAUUUCAUUUGUUUUUAUUCUGAAAUUGCUCCAAAUAUUUCAGCAGAGUCGAUCGCUUCAUUACAUUUCUGUUGAAUUCUGUUAAGGCCAUUCUGAAGUGGUCUUUCUGCUCCAUUCAUUCCUCCCAGGGCAACAUUGAGCGCACUUCAGCCAAUACUUUAUUAAGCUCCGUUGAGUUUUAAAUACACAAAUCUGAUUAGCUGGUGCAGUAGGACAUGAUGCCCGCCGCUCCCUGGAUGGAACUUGUCUAAUUGGCUAAAUUUGGACUUCAUAUUUGGACAGACGUAAUACAGAAGCGUAAGCUAGUAGGACUAUGAUUGUUUUGAACCAGAAAGGGCUGAGUCAUGAGAAAUUCAGAAAUGGUUUGAAAGGGCCAGAGCACUUUACAUCCAUUACAGUGCCUUGGUACAACCCCAUGAUGUGCUUUUAGUUUUAUGUCAGAUAUUGAAAUUAGAACUCCCUCAUUAUGAAGUCCUCGUUCUAUAGCAAUAUAUGUAGCUCCCACGCAUAGAGACAUACCUACUGAGAAAACGGGAGCUCUUUGCAACUGUGUUUUUGAUUUUAGGCAAGAAAACUGAUCAUUUUACAGAAACUGAACAAUCCUUUUGCUUUUCCUAAAAGAGCAAUGAGCUCAUUAGUACUGUAUUUCAGUGUGGAAGGAUUAAUGUCUUAGAUUUGACAUGCCUGCUUUAAUGUUUGGCAGAGUGUUUUUGUUUUGCAUGUAUUUGAGAGUUACCUUUUCAACCAAAGAGUUAUUCAAAUCCUGCCAAAUUAGACUUAGGCAGAUUUACAAAAUGAAGAUAAAUUAUUGCAAUCACUUCUCAAUGUUGUUUCAUUAAGGUUCGCUCUUUAGAAAAGUUGUUAAUGGGCAACAAGGCAUUUUCAAACGCGUGUUCUGCAGAAUUGGGAGUUUUCACUUAAUGGGAGCUACAUUUUUAGAAAUACUUUCUGUCCAACCCAUCUGAGGAAGGCCUGGAAGUUCUCAAAGAAAGUGCGGUGAGGUUUUAUGAAAAUGAAGAUCAGUGAGUUCCGGAUGGAGCUGUGCUAUAAGAGUUUGAAGAAACUCUCUCUUGAUACCGGCCAGCUACUUCCUGGUCUUCUCUUUGCAUAUUUUAAGACAGAAACUCUGAUCAUCCAUGGUUCAUAUUUCGUUAUCAGCCAGAGACAGCUCUGAGUUCUCUCCUGCUUACCAUCUCCUCUAUAAUGAAAAAAACCCAGUGAUGGUCUUUCAGUUCGCCUCGAGUUCACUGAGUUUUCUCCCAGUGAGGGAAGAGACUGAAAGCUUCCCACUUCUUUCUGCAGCUAGUGCUCAAGCUCUUCAGCACAGGCCGCAGUGAACCAGUUUGAAAAAGUAUAUUUGAAAACCAAGCAUUCAUCUGUCAUGCAGAGUGACACAUAUCCUGCAUCAGCCAUCAUUUCUAAUCUUCCAUUGUCACCGCAGACGGCUACGGGAAGCCACAUUUACCUGCUGUUUACCUCCCAUUCCAUUUCCGUGUGUCUAGUGGAUGUGAGCGUUGGGGAGAGGGUAAGGAGAUUAGUUUUGAAAAGUUUGGGAACUUAGCUGAUUUGUAUUCUAUAAAUGGAUAGAGCAGUCGACUUGUGGUUGGCGGUCAGUUCUGGGACUCACUAGUAGAAAACUACUGAAUGUAUAUUUAAUUUUCCUUCAGAAUGAAUCUGUCUAUACUGUUUUCAAUAUCUGUAAAUCCCACAGCCUCUUCUCUCCUUGCAAGAAAAUGUGUUUUUCACAAUGUUUCAUCCUUGGAAAUAAAACAGAAUGACCAAUUUCACUGGAGAAUAAUAUAGCAAACAUACUUACAGAAAGCUGCUUUUUAUUACUGGAGACUUUACAUUCCUGUAUUUUUGCUCCAUGUUUAGUUCUUCUUUCCCCUAACACUAUUUCAUGCCAGCCCAGCAAAUCUCUCAAGUAGUCUCUAAAUGAGAUUAAAACUAACAACAACCCAUGGCGCCUAGGUGAGAUCAGCAAGGCUCUUGAACGCCACAACAAAACAGUAAGAGGCGGUGACCCCGCGUCGAUGUCUUGCGGUACACCAAAAGGGUUACCUGUAAAGAAACGGACAAACAUGGACUUGAGCAGACUGCGUGUAACUACGGAGAGCAGCUGAAGAAGGAAAGUGUCUCUAAGAAAAGAGAAUAUGUUCACGAAUAAAAAACUGUUUUUGUACAGAGAUAUAUUUUUAUGGAAAUACAUUUGUAAUAUAAAAGAAAAAUGGAUUGACAUAUAUGUACAUGUUUUUCUUUUUCAUUAUUGUAGUACAAAUGCUAGUGGGGAGUAUAUGAAAAAUCUCUAUAUAUAAAUAUAUAUAAAUAUAUACAAAGAAAAAUAGAAACAAGGCUUUUUGUAUAUGUAAAAAAGAUUGUACAUACAAGUUUACAUACAUACUGUACAUAUGUAAGACCCACCAUGGCUUGUCUGCAAUAUAUAAAAUGUAUUUUAUCCGUCUGUAUAUGAUGCUUUGCAUUGUGUCUAAGCUUAUUCUACU